AUGUUUCGAGAAUCUGAUAUAGGUUUUUUCCCUAUAUAGCCCGAUAAGGGCCGUGGAUUCUCUGUGGAAUCCCUCUGCUGGUAACCAACCAGUGAAUUGGGCAAACCAGCGCACUGAGUUGAUUUGACCAGCAGAGGGAUUCCACAGAGAAUCCACGGCCCUUAUCGGGGAAUAUAGGGAAAACCCCUAUAUCAAAUCGCGUAAGGAAGAACAUAAAUUUUGGUCAUUAUGUUUUUCAACUACUAAUGAUGCAAUAUAUAGUGGCAAGCUUUUUGAGUCCUCUAGCUCAGGUGCGCUUAAAGAGAGCUGGUUUCAUCUGACCAGCCAUUAUUUAGUCAAAAAUAAGUCAAAUAUCAACGGCUUAUCAAAGAGAUCCUUAUUGAUAUGGAAACCAGUCAGGCCAUUUGUAAAAAACUGUCAUUUAUAUGGCUUUAGGAUUGGCUAUUAUGACUGUUAUAAGGAGUUUUAUGCUGAAUCUAAAGAAGUGUUUGCUGAGUGGCUUAAAUUUUUAUCCUGCAUUGGGAUAAUGCAAAACAUCGAGGAAGACUUCCAUUUCCUCAAAGAAAUCGGCAAAGGAAAUAUCGGGACUAUUUUUUUGGCUGAAGAAAUAAAUACCCACACAAAAUAUACUGUUAAGUAUAUUAAGUCCAACAAAUUUGAUGAGUAUAUCAUAAAUGAAAUCAAUAUAUUGAGGACUCUUAAUCACCCAAAUGCAGUCAAACUGUAUAAAGUCUAUGAGAGUGAUGCAGGAAUUUACAUUGUUUUAGACAAUCUCAGUGAAACAAAUUUAUUUCAAAAAAUUGUAGAUGUGAAGAAUUUUUCUGAAAAAGAUUGCUUACUCCCCCCCCCCUCCGUGAGUGAACAAAAAAAUUUUUGUUCACUCACGGAGGGGGGUUAAUUUUUUUUUUUUAAAAUAAAUUUAUAUAUAAAUUUUAUAGAAAAUAUUUUUUUCGAAAUUUUAAAAAAAUCCUAAUUUGCAAAAAUUGGAAAGCAAAUAUUAAUUUAAUUUAUAAAAUUUAUGUUUUAAAAAGCAAUUUGUUAAAAAUUAAACAGAAUUAGCUCGAGAUUUCAUUAUAAUAAUUAUCACUUAUAUAUCAAAAAUUUUUUCCAUAAAAAAUUUUUCUAUUAAAAAAAUUUUUGUUCACUCACGGAGGGUGGGUUUUUGGGCAAAAAAUAGGGAUUUUUCUAAUGGUUUUGUUCACUCACGGAGGGGGGGGUGAGUUAGUUUUUGCAAAAAAAAUUAUGGAGUUUCUUGAUUAUUUCAACUCACUUAAUAUCAUACACAGAGAUAUUAAGCUUGAAAAUUUUGCAAUGUCUUCUAAUGCUGGUAACACUGAUUUUAAACUUAUUGAUUUUUCGAUGGCUACUUUUGAUAUAAUAACAAUAAUUCUAGAUGUGGAUCGCCUGGCUAUAUUGCACCUGAGAUAUUAA